UCUCCUUUUGAAUGACGGACGAGGCGAUGGAGUCAGGCACAGGCGAGCGCAGCAGGGACUCCUUCUCGCGAUUCAACGCAUCCACCUGCUUUGAAGAAUGGAAGAGAGAGAGAGAGAGAGAGAGAGAGAGAGAGAGAGAGAGAGAGAGAGAGAGAGAGAAGAGAGAGAGAGGAGAGAGAGAGAGAAGAGAGAGAGAGAGAGAAGAGAGAAGAAGAGAGAGAGAGAGAGAGAGAGAGAGAGAGAGAGAGAGAGAGAGAGAGAGAGAGAGAAGAGGAGAGAGAGAGAGAGAGAGAGAGAGAGAGAGAGAGAGAGAGAGGAGAGAGAGAGAGAGAGAGAGAGAGAGAAGAGAGAGAGAGAGGAGAGAGAGAGAGAGAGAGAGAGAGAAGAGAGAGAGAGAGAGAGAGAGAGAGAGAGAGAGAGAGAGAGAGAGAGAGGAAAUUUUGAGUCGACUAAAAAAUGGACUCAUUACACACAGGUGAGCACAGGAGGGACUCCUUCU